GUCGACAUAGCAAGGUUCAUAAACAAACAUGGCGGCGGUGAGCGUUUUCAAACCGGGUUUGUUCAACCAAAAAGUCGCCGUGGUGACAGGUGGAGGGACCGGCAUCGGCAAAGCCAUCUCUACGGAGCUGCUGGAGCUCGGCUGCAGUGUGGUGAUCUCUAGCAGAAAUGCAGAGAGGCUGCAGAAAGUAGCCAAAGAGAUGAGACAGAAGAUCCCAGCCUCCAGUCCUGCCAGUGUGACUCCUGUGCCUUGUAACAUCCGCAAUGAGGAGGAGGUGAAUAAUCUCGUCUCAUCGGUGCUAAGACAGUAUGGUCGUAUUGACUACUUGGUGAACAAUGGCGGGGGUCAGUUCAGCAGCCCAGUAGAGAACAUGACCUCCAAAGGCUGGAAGGCUGUGAUCGACACAAACCUGACAGGAACUUUCCACUGCUGCAAGGAAGUCUACACAGCAUAUAUGAAGAAGCAUGGGGGCGUCAUAGUGAAUAUCAUUGCCGACAUGUGGAAGGGCUUCCCUGGCAUGGCACACACAGGCGCAGCAAGGGCGGCAGUGGACAACCUAACCAAAAGCCUGGCCAUCGAGUGGGCAUCUUCAGGAGUCCGAGUUAAUGCUGUAGCACCUGGUACAAUCUUUUCCAAAACUGCGAUGGAGAACUACAAGGAACUCGGACCGCAUCUUUUUAAGACGUCUGUGCCAUUCUCCCCUGCAAAGAGACUGGGAGUGCCUGAGGAGAUCUCCUCAGUUGUGUGCUUUCUGCUCUCCCCUGCUGCCUCCUUCAUCUCUGGAGCCACAUUAAAGGUUGAUGCAGGACAAAGUCUGUACCGAACCAUGUGGGAGAUACCUGAUCACCAGGCAUGGCCUGAAGCUCCAGAGGGUGAAAACUUGGUUGCUUUAAAGGAGCUGCUGGAGCCGCAAAGCAAACUUUAAUCGUCUUGUUUGACAAGUGGACUCCACAAAAGUCUCCACGGUUAACAACACAGAUUCUGCUUUUAAAGUCCACAGUAUAAAGUAUAAUCCUGGCUGUAAUAUAAAAAAUGUAAAUAAUCCUAGUCAAAUAAAUCUUUUUUGAAAAACAAUAUAUUUUGCUUUACCAGAUAGGUUGUUUGGAUUGAUAUAAGAGAAAUGUUAAUAUUACACAAAUAGAAAAAAAUGACCUUUGGUAAUACACCAGUGUUGUCUUUUUUCAUCAUAAGCACUUUGUGUUGAAGCUCAUUAGAAUAAUGUUAAAAAUACAGCAUUGUUGCGCUUUGUUAGACACAAUGCCUUUUUGUUUUUUUAAUUUGAUAUUUUUUAAUCACCUAAAAAUGUACUAAUUAUGAACUAUAGCACUUUGCUGAAAUUGUAACAUGUAAAAUAGCUGUUUAAUUGUAAUAGAGGUGAGUACUGUUGAUGUGAUGAUGUUACAGAUCCAGUGAGUAAAAAUAUAAUUAUAGCCUUA